GAAUUGUCGCCACCUUGGUCCUUCAUCCCACAGCUCAGGCUGAGGCUUGACAUGCCCAAAACUCGUACUCGUGAGAAGAGAAAGUCCUUUCCGGGUAGCGGAAGCAGGAAUCGCGCCGGGGAGCGCCCGCUGUGCUGCCCCACCAUCGCCGCACCUCAGAGUAGUCGGUCCUUUUCGGGUAGCUGAAGCAGGAAUCGAGCUGUGAUCGUUUGUGCUGUUGCCCUGCCAUCGCCACGCAGGGAGGUCAGCGCGCUGAUUUGGGUUUCCUCUUGUCCUCGACAAAAUGGUGAGGCACAACAAUGUCGUGCCUAAUGCCCAUUUCCGGAAGGAUUGGCAAAGCCGUGUGAAGACAUGGUUCAAUCAGCCGGGCCGUAAGAAGCGCAGAAGACUUGCUCGCCAGAAGAAGGCGGUGAAGAUCUUCCCCAGGCCGACUUCGGGGCUUCUUCGUCCGGUUGUUCAUGGCCAGAGCAUCAAGUAUAAUUCUAAGGUCCGGUUGGGAAGGGGUUUCAGCUUGGAGGAGCUGAAGGAGGCCGGUGUCCCUAAGAAGCUGGCGCCAACGAUCGGAAUUGCAGUGGAUCAUAGGCGGAGGAACAGGUGCUUGGAGGGACUGCAGGCCAAUGUCCAGCGCCUUAAGACAUUCAAGUCGAAGCUCGUGGUCUUCCCGCGUCGUGCGAAGAAACCCAAGUUUGGAGAUUCGAGCCCGGAGGAGGUGGCCAAUGCGACGCAGUACACUGGACCUUUGCUGCCCGUAAGCAACGCUACAGUCGCGACGGAGAUCACCACAAUCACACCCGAAAUGCAAGCCUUCAAGGCUUACUACAAGCUUCGGUUGGAAAGGAUGAACGCACGCAUGGCUGGAGUCCGGAAGAAGCGCGCUGCAGAGGAGGACAAGGACGGUCUUGGCUUGAAGAAGUAGAAGAAGCCGUGCACGUAUGUUGAUGUCGUGGUGUUUAAACGUUGAACUGGAGAUGAAUUACUAUCAGUUACCGGAGUUGUCACUACGAGAGAUUCGUGGUCGAUCAUGGUGUCGUGGCCAGUGCAUUCAGACUGAGUGUCAACGUGGCUUAUUCCUGGAGUGAGGAUCAGCGAGUCGGUGGUUGCUGAAAUCGAAGAUAUUGUUCUUUUUUUAAUGGGAGAUUCUCUCAUUAAUUCAUUUUGCGCAGAGAUUGAGAAUUGAUCUCGGCUUGUCUACGCGGUUGCUGUGGUCCGGCGUCUGUUUAUUGGACACGCUGUGGACUGUGUGUAAUCCUAAAGUCAUUGCGACUCAGAACUGUUUUGGCCUCCUGAUGUUGUGGCUCUUAGAUGUACUGUGUGCUGUGCCUUGAGUGUGUACUGUGGCACGCAUUAUGGAAUGUUUCUCGGUUGAACUGAAGAUCGAAUGCUCCGUGUGCUAUGCUAUGCCUUCAUCGUGUGGUGUUGAAUGCUUGUGUUGAACCGAAAACUGGAAAUACAUGUCACGUGUCGUUUCCUUUUUGCGAACGGACAACUGGAAACAAUUUGGCGAUGGGCUUGAAGGGUUGAGGAAUUGACUGCCGGCUUGUUACUCGAUAAUUUCUUAUGUAAUAUUUGCCAUCACUCCGGAAAUCGAUGAACUUCAUGAGAUUAGGGUUCCCGAUGCGAUCAUCCGACGCGUGUUUUAGAAAACGACCUCAAAAUUGGAAAUCACCGACUUGAAAAUUGAGUCAGUCACUUGGCGCUCGAGGUUCGGAAGAAGGGUAAUUUGCUCGCCAUUGGAGUGAACGAGUACAUGAUUGCCUCUUCUCGACCCUCCUGAGUGAGUCAUCCCGGUGUUGUAUGUACCGUUUGCUCGUGAUCUCAAUAGUGGAUGAGCUUCAGGCUAUCAAUUUAAGUGUUUGGCCCCCGGCUGUGAACAGAUGAGGAAUUUCUCUGACGACACGAAUGAAUGAAGUUCCAAUUACAAACGUUUUUCCGCGGAGUGAUUUAUGGCGCGGUUGCAGAUUAGAAUGGACGGCAAUGUUUGUUUUUUUGCUGGAUCGGAGCGUGGUAUGCAGUAAUGAGACGGGUGCCGAUGUCAUCUCCACAGGGAGAGAUUGCUGGUCUUCUGCUCCGAUGGGAGUCGUUGCUGGCUUCAUCUCCCUGUUCUGGUGCGUCAGGAAUGUGCCCUAUGAACGUCACGGGUUCUCCGUGGCUCGUCUUCUGCCACUCCGACACAAUCUCGCGGGAUCAUAGUACCGCUCUGUUGACAUGAUCACAGCGGUAUCGCUCUAUGGGGCGGUGUCACUGUCGUCGGCUUUCCUCACAGGGCGGUCUCCAAGAGCCGCUACAUUUAAUUUCCCUUAAAUCAGCAAGUUUCCCAAUCGCCCUCAACGGGACGAAAGCACCGUAUGCGAUAUUUCGACAGAGGAUGCUUCUUUGUGUCAGGCUUGUUAGCAGAUCUGUGAUAUGUAUGUGUAGCUAUUGACUGGUGGUUUCUUUCGCUGAUUGUCUUUUUCUCGCGAUUUUUUAAAAUUAACUGUUCAAAUCUUUCUCACGUCAUUUCGCGCUCGACGUCGUCGUCCAGCUGUGGCUCUUCUUGGUCAGCUCAUACUCGCGAGGACAAUCUUAAUCGACUGAUUUGUGUUGAACGGCUUCGCGGGUAAGUUCCCGAUUUGAUAUCACUCCAUAGUGUGGUUAUCAUCUAACAAUGACCUUUCUGAAAUAUGAUGUACAGUACGUUUGCGUUCUAUAUAGUAGUUUUUAUAGUGUGGAGAGUUUAUGAUCUGGGUAUGACCUCUUUGAAAUAUCAUCUCCAGUACGUUUGCCUGUUAUGUUCGAGCAGCCCAUGGUAAUCUGGCUUGGGUUGUGUGCGGCGAGAUGUUUAUUGAUGCAUAUGAUGUGCUGUCAUCCCUACCUCUGGGUACUCCUUUUUCUUUACAUGUUUCUGAUCGUCAAUACAGCCAAUUCAGUUAUGAAC